GUAACAAUAUGGUGCUGGACUCGGACAAAAUUCGCGCGUCGAAAGUACUCGCGUCGGCGCGGGCACUAGGGCUGAAUGUGCACGAUGUCGACCUGCAUCGGGCGCUGCAGUCGCACAACGCGCCGCAUGACCAAGUGUUUGACAAAAAUAUCAACUCGUCCGCUCGGUUGUUUAUGCGCAACGUGGCCAAGCACAAGGCCACGCCCAAGGUGGUCAAAGCCACACCUCAUUCGGUGUCAAACUCGCCUGUGGCGCCUCGUGUGAGGACUUGUGUCUUGCUCGUCGACUCGGACCGUCUGCGGCGAGACGACCUCACAGCCGCCAUGUCGUCGCGCUUUAAGGUGGUCGUGGCUAGCUCCCUGAAGGAUGCACUCCAAGUGCUGCAGAUGCUCAAGGUGCACGUGGUGCUCGCGCGCCUGCGCUACCAAAAGGACUCGGCCAUUGACUUGAUCCACGCGUGUCGGGAGAAGCACAUGACGGUGCCCGUCGCACUAUACACGUCGUGCGUUGUUGGCUACGAGGCGAUGCUGGCAGAAUGUGUGGAUGCGGGGGCGUGCGGGUUCUUUGAAGACACACUGCCUCCAGAAAUCCUCUGCUUUCGCCUGCUCGACAUGACCAAGUCAUUUCACGCUACAGACGCGGAAUGGCGAGAUUUCAAGCCGCCACCGUCCUCUUCGACCGUCCUGCAGCACCACCGGGUAUCGACGUCCCAUCCGGCGGCCCGUCACCACAAGGUGAGCGCGCGGUCGCUGCUGUCUCCUGGGGGCUUCCGACGGUCAAGCAAGAUGCCGUCGAACGUCGAAAACGGGGACAUGGCGGCACGGAGCCCGACGACCAACACCAGCGACGUGACCAUGACGACGCUGGACAUGCAGAUCCAGGAUCGGCAGACAUUUCUCGCCAAGCAAGAGCACAUUCAAAAGGUCAUGACUAUUCAGCACUCGGUGCUCGGGCUUAACGAUUCUCGUCAUCAUAUUCGAUCCAGCAAACCCAACCUAUCCGUCCGGAAGGAACCCCGGUUGCUGAAUCCGGAUUUGGUCCGGCGGGAGGUUCCCGAGCCUUCCCACGACCAGAUCGUUCAGUGCAUGUACACCCAUCCCCAUGUCGUGGCGACACUAGUUCAACACCACGACUACGACGUGCGCACGCGGCCCCCGCGAGACCCCGUGCCACAGGAGCCGCUGCUGACGCACUGCCUCAUCGUGGACCCGUCGACGUUGUGCGACUCGAAAGCCGUGCUCAAGCGCAUCAAUCGCGGCUACUUGGCGCUUGAGGCGGGUCACUUCGACCGAGCGAUUCGCUGGUGCACGUUGUCGUUGAAAAUGGAACCCAACCAUUUGCCCAAGUGGUGCCUCUUGAUACGGGGCAGUGUGCACGACCUGUUGGGCGCUUACGAGGCUGCCGUAAAUGACUUUGAAUCAGCCAUUUCCAUCGAUCCGACGUUCCACCAAGCACAUUUCAACAAGAGUGUGAGUCUGCUCAAACUCGGCAAGGACGACGCAGCGCUGGACGCGGUGGUCGCCGCGCAGGCGCAUGUCGUCGGGAAAGCGGCGCGCAGUCGGCCCGUCCCACCAGAGUACGUUCGAAACCACGCGCUGAUUCUGCGCCGGAUGGGGCGGUACGACGAUGCCCGGGUCGUGUAUGCCACCCUGGACGUGUCAACUGGUGGAAGCACCGCCGCUACUUGCUCGAUACCAUCCAACCCCCCCAUCGAAACUCCAAUUCUUGGAGCAUCCACUGGCCCAGUUUGCCUUGACGAGACUGUUGUGGAAAAGGAACAGUCGUUGGAGGAGCACAUGCUGGGCAAGGCGGGGCUCCCGGGGAGUGUCUUUGAUGCGCUGUUUUGUCAAUCGAAAGACGAUAAAGCCGCGUGCCGCGCAGCGCCACAGACCCGAACCCCCGCCAUGCUGGACCUGCUGCAGUCCCGGCUGUACCAGUACGAUUAUUUCGCCCACUGCCCCGAGCCCGUGCUUCGGAAUGUAUGUCAGGCCCUGCACCACGUGGUCGUGCGCAGCGGCGACACGUUCUACUUGGGCCACGACAACCCCCACGCGUUCUACGUGUGCAUGAGUGGCACGCUGAGCGUCCACGCCAACUUGACGCUGGCUGGACAAGAUGUUGAUACGAUGGCAUCGUCGAGCACGCACCGCCUUCGCCCCGGCGACGUAUUUGGAUGUGUCGGGGUCAGCAUCUCGUCGUUGAUGAUGUACUUGGCGGACGAGCGGACGGAGAUUAUGUACCUCACGCCGUCCGCUUUCAAAGACACGCUGGAAGCCCACUGGCUCAUGGAGCAGCAUGCUCGCUUCAAUGUACUUCGCCGGUCGCCCGCGUUUCAAGUGCUCUCUGACAGCGAGUUGGGCCACGUCGUGAGCCACAGCAACCUCGUGCGAUUCCAUAAAGGCGACGUUGUCGUCGCUCAAAACGAGUUUCCCAAGCGAUUGUAUGUCUUGUACAAGGGCAUUUGUCGCGUCGAGCAGUCGUUUUCGCUGCCGGCAGAUGACUGCGACAAUAACCCGUCUCGUCGCCCUUCAGUAGCGCAAACGUCCCCCGCGUCGACCGGGAUGCUGCCAUCGACGCCUGUCAAGCCGUACCACCGGUACUUGGAAAUACCCAACUGGCCGCUAGGUUUCCGAACGCAUCAAAAAGCUCAUUCGACCAACGCUUUGUUGACUGGUCAUCUAUCCCCGAUCAACCCCUCUUUGGGAAACCGUCCCGGUAGCCCUUGCCAAGCACAAGUGCCAAUCACGGCCUUAUCGUCACCUCCUCCCCCUCUGCCUACCAUAACCCAUGACAUCUACCCCCCCGCACUCUUUGGCGAAUCUGCAUAUAAAACGGUGCCCGAAAAGGCCAAAUGGUUCGAGGAUUUAUGCACAAGCUAUAGUACCUAUUGCCCCUCCUUAUUCCCAGUGGAUAUGCCUAGUUCAAUCGUUGCAUCGACGCUGGUUGAGGUCUUGGCCGUGGACAUGCACCAACUCAAGUCCCUGAACGUUGCUAAGGAACUGUUUGCAGCGGUCGUAGCUAACGCCCCUAUCUACGUGGACGAAGCGAAAGCAAGCAAAAUGCAGGCGAGUCACGCCCAGUGGGCGGCGAAGCGAGGAAAGGAGGCAUUGCAAGUUAACAAGACGCGCUGGCCAGUGAACAAAGCACGACUGCGGUACAUUCCCAACGGCGGCUCCAUUGUAGUGCCGGACGGCAACAUUGUGUCUGCCCACCACACAUUCAAGUGAUAGGACCAACAUCGGAUAAGCGUACCUGUUUGACCCAAGCCGGACAUGUUGCUUGUUGAAAUAAGAAUCAAUUCAACCUUGUUGGACUACGUCGUUCCAAAUUAC